GCUAAACUCUCAUCGGUGGGUAGCAUCUCAGAUGAAGAGACCUGUCAGAAGUUACGAGGCCUGAUCCAGAGGCAGGUGCAGAUCUGCAAACGUAAUGUAGAAGUAAUGGACGCGGUGCGUCGGGGUGCUCAGCUUGCCAUCGAAGAGUGCCAGUACCAGUUCCGUAACCGGAGGUGGAACUGCUCCACGCUGGACAGCAUGCCUGUCUUCGGGAAGGUGGUCACGCAAGGUACGAGGGAGGCGGCAUUCGUGUACGCCAUCUCUGCUGCGAGUGUGGCCUACUCUGUGACCAGAGCCUGUAGCAGCGGUGAGCUGGAGAAGUGCGGCUGCGACCGAAACGUGCAUGGCAUAAGCCCCGAGGGCUUCCAGUGGUCAGGGUGCUCCGACAACAUUGCCUAUGGAGUCGCCUUUUCGCAGUCCUUUGUGGAUGUCCGGGAGCGAAGCAAAGGCCAGUCAUCCAACCGCGCCCUAAUGAAUCUUCAUAAUAAUGAAGCAGGAAGGAAGGCGAUUCUAAACUACAUGCGAGUGGACUGCAAAUGCCACGGCGUUUCAGGAUCGUGUGAAGUAAAGACCUGCUGGAAGGCCAUGCCACCCUUCCGCAAGGUCGGCAACAUCAUCAAGGAGAAGUUCGACGGUGCUACCGAGGUGGAGCAGCACAAAGUGGGGACCACCAGAGUCCUGGUGCCACGCAACUCCCAGUUCAAGCCGCACACGGAUGAGGACCUGGUGUACCUGGACCCGAGCCCCGAUUUCUGCGAGCACGACCCAAGGACUCCGGGCAUGCUGGGAACGGUAGGGCGAUACUGCAACAAGACGUCGAAGGCCAUCGACGGCUGCGAGCUCAUGUGCUGCGGCCGUGGCUUCCACACGCAAGAGGUGGAGGUGGUGGACAGGUGCAGCUGCAAAUUCCACUGGUGCUGCUACGUCAAGUGCAAACAGUGCCGCAAAAUGGUCGAGAUGCACACGUGUCGGUGAUCCACCCGGCCCUCCUUCGCCCCACCUGCCUCCAGUGAACGUAUAAAACUCCUGGUCUUGCCUCCGUCCUAACUGCCCUGGGAAAUGGGACAGAAUAAGUCUAGGGCAAAUAGAGUUUAUUUUAUUCCCACUUGAGAGUAUUUUUCUCUCCUUUUUGUGGUUACGUUCUUAUUUUUGUAUUGUUUUCUAACUUAUUUGGAAUCAGAGUGAUUUUAAUGUGACAAGCUCCACUGGGAGUGGUAAACAUUGGAGGAGGAUUGAACUUAAGGGGGGUCGAAGGAGACGAAUAAAGGGACUGAGGGUUUUUUACGUCCCCUCCCACUAUUGAUGCUGCUUUACAAUCUCAUCUGGAAUGUCGGACGGACAUCAAGGGAUUUCCAAGACUCUUAUAAUAGAAAUGUCUCGAGGUGCAGUCCGGGUGUACAUCUACAUCUCACAGUGGCAUUUUAAUAAAAAUGUGGCCGUUUUUAGCCACGAUGCUGCUUUAAAAAUCACUCAAACUGUGUACAGCAUUGUUAUAGUUAUAUGUAGAUGUAAGUAUUACAGAGUUUCUCCUCUUUUGUAGGGAAGCAAACCAACUCAAGAUCUAAAAAAAAAAACAGCUGCAUGAGUGUGUAUUUAAUCCAGAUGUUUAGUACUGACCAUCAGCGACACUCGUGAAACAAAGGUUAUCAUUGAAGAUCUGUGACCACAAUUCCAAAAAAAUAAAAAGAAAGAUGAACAUGCUUCUGGUGGUCGGACCAUGGACACUGUGCACAGUAUCAGCACUUUUCAUCUCCACAUGCACAUACCAGUAAAAUCCCAGAGCAUUCCCUGUUACAUUAGCGUGAGUGAAUUAUUUAUAUGUACAAACACCAUAAUUCCAAGUUUUUUUUUUAUAAUACAUGCUAUACAGUAUGCUUCUAAAGAACCAUAGCUCUGUAAAAGAUGUAUACACUGAAGAGGACUAUAUUGCAUAUGAAUGUAAAAUUAAA